AUGUGGUUUCAGCACGAUGGGGCGCCAGCACACUUCAGCAUUGAUGUACGGAAUUACCUGAAUGCCACGUUUGGUGCUAGAUGGAUUGGGUGUGGUGGACCAGUCCCUUGGCCACCCCGAUCUCCCGAUUUCUCGAGCCUCGAUUACUUUUUAUGGGGGCAUCUAAAGAGUCUUGUUUAUGAGACUCCAGUUGACUCAGAUGAUGAUCUCGUCGCUCGCAUAUCUGCAGCUGCUGCAGAAAAUGAAAGUGUCCGAAGUGCUUUUGGCAGAGGUGUCGGGUUCUACAUUGGAGAGCCAUGUGAGAGUACGUGUAAUAGCAUUCUGUUUCACGUAUACUGCAACAAAACGACGGGGAAGUGUGAAUGUCACGACCACUAUCCUGUCAACAUUGAAAACAAAGUUUGCGUCAAAGCUGCUCACUUAGGAGACAGCUGUGAGCAUGACGACGCAUGUGCCUUCUUCGACGACAAUGCCGUGUGCCCUAGUGGCACGUGUCGUUGUGCCGAUGGGUUUCGGGCGGCAUAUCACCACAAAGGAGCCGCGAUUUGUCUUCCGGCUGGUCCAGUAACAUUUUUAGAGGACAGCUACAUGAUGACAACUAUUAGUGCCGUAGCAGGAAUGGUUGUCUUCACAGCACUGCUUUGUCUCGUCCUCAGGUUGUUCAGCAAGGCCCGCUUCAACCGUCCGGCGGAUCGCAUGGCCAGUGCGGCCUCUCCCCCGACCAUGAUGUCCGCCUUCACGGGCAGCCGCAUCCUCGACUCGCGGCGGCCCUCUCGCAGCUCUGCCGCCAGCACCGACUACCUGCCGGCCUCCAGGAGAGCCAGCUACAGCAUGCUCGCACCCCCCUCCAGCCUAGGUUCCCGCCGCGCUAGUUCUACAUCUGUUCGCUCCCAACUGUCUUUCCGAACGCAAUCGUCUUUCAGAGGCUAUCGAUAUUCCAGAGAGACCGUUCGAAGAGCGAUGUCCUCCCCGGCAGACUCUUCCCAGCAGUUUCCACCCAGCCCCUGUAAGAUUCCCAACCACCAACCGCCUCAGCAUCACCAUCACCACCACCACCACAAUCACCACCCGUUACACCAUAACAGCCCAGUUGACGAAGAUGACAUCCUGGACGAUUCACCUGUUCCAACAGUAAACGUAAAUCACCUAAGCAAUCAUAUAUAG